CCUUGUCUAAGAUUUAACAAACGUGGACAAUCCAGAGUGCAAAAACCCCAAGAUUCCACCAACACACACACACAGCACACAAUUCAUAGCAAUUUUGAUAGAGAAAAUCGAAACCCAAAAAAGCAAUGUUGGAGAGCAGAUUAAUUUCAAUCUUAAGGAAAAACAAAGAUUUGGGUCACAAGAUUUCAUCGAAUCUUGGAAGAUGGGGUUUUACUGCAACAAAAAUUUCAAAUGAAGCUUCUUUUUCAAUAUUGAAUCAACAAAGGUUCAUUUCUACUGUCCCAAAAUUUGCUCCUACAAGCAGAAGCUCUAUUGCGAGAAGUUUUGCUAAUUAUGGUUUAAGAUCUUUUCAGCACCUUAAUCACAAGGGUUUGCAUAGAACAUCUUUCAGAAAAAUUUCCACAGUGGCAGCUUCGGCAGCUGAAAGCAAGGAGGGAUUGAAGUUCCUUGUAACUGCUGGACCCCAUGCUCGGAAAAUGGUUGGCAUAUGGCUUUUUGCAUCUGCUGCUUGGGUCUUCAGUAUGGUUGUGCUUGGUGGGGUCACACGGCUGACACGUUCUGGUCUUUCAAUGACAGAUUGGAAGUUCACUGGGAGCCUUCCUCCUCUAACAGAUGAAGAUUGGUUGGUUGAAUUUGAGAAGUACAAGCAAUCCCCCGAAUACAAACGUGUGAAUAAGGGGAUGAACAUUGAGGAUUUCAAGUUCAUAUAUUGGAUGGAAUAUGCGCACCGAAUGUGGGGAAGGGCCCUUGGUAUAAUGUUUGCACUUCCAUUCUCAUAUUUUCUCCGUAAGGGAUACAUAACAGUUAGACUUGGACUUAGACUUUCUGGACUCUUUGCUCUUGGUGCUGGACAGGGGCUCAUAGGUUGGUGGAUGGUGAAAAGUGGUUUAGAGGAGCCACCAUCUGGGUAUGUUGAACCAAGAGUAAGCCCUUACCGUCUUGCAGCUCAUCUUACCUCUGCAUUUGCUAUUUAUUGUGGACUCUUCUGGACGGCUCUUUCUGUUGUUAUGCCUGAACCUCCUACCGAAUCGCUUGCCUAUGUUCGUGGGGCUGCAAAAGUUAAGCGGCUUGCACUUCCUGUGGGCAUCCUUGUCGGAAUUACUGCUAUCUCAGGAGCUUUCGUUGCUGGAAAUGACGCUGGCCGAGCAUUUAAUACUUUUCCAAAGAUGGGAGAUACAUGGAUUCCUGAUGAUAUCUUUAGUAUGAAACCUAUUAUGCGCAACUUCUUCGAGAAUACGGCAACAGUUCAGCUUGAUCAUCGUAUACUUGCCACUGCUACUUUAGCUGCAAUAGGUGGGUUAUGGUGGUCAACCAGGAAACUGGAUAUGCAUCCUGCUGUCCGACACUUAAUCGGAAGCACAAUGGGCAUGGCUGCUCUGCAGGUAACGUUGGGCAUAUCUACUCUUCUUUCGUAUGUCCCAGUUUCUCUGGGAACUGCUCAUCAAGCAGGAGCUUUGACUCUUUUAACAUUCAUGAUCCUGCUCAAUCACACUGUGCGACGGCCUUCUCCAUCACUUCUCAAGACGUUGCCUUCAGUCGCAAAAAUGGUUUGAUAUUAAUAUUAUAAUUUUCUUAUAGAGCAUUGACGUUGUCAGGCAUUCUAAAUUAUACCAUUUUGCGAUUCUUGCGCAACUUGCAGAAUCAGAAAAAAUGCAUUUCUAAUGGCCCUCUUGUUCUCAUGAUUUCCUGGAGGUUUAGAAUGUCCUAUCUUGUAAAGAACCAGCAAUGUUUUAGUUUCAUCGAUACUUAUUGAUCGAGUCUUUUAGAAAAUCAGUAGCAAUCAACUUUAAUAACUGAGUUCAAAUUGGGAUCUCUAUGAAAAUAAACAUUUCUGUA